UAUCCAAUAGAGAUGGUUCAGUUAUCGUUGCUGGUCUUAUAUAAAGAACAAAAGGGGUUUAGCAUAAAUGCCUCUUCGAUGGAUCUGUGAGCUUAAAAUACUAUAGUUUGAUUUUUUAUUUUGAGUGCUGUCGUUUCUUCUCGUGAAGUGUAAUACACAUUGAUUAAAAGUUCAAGAAAUUUUUAAGAGUUGCUAGCUAGGGAAAGUUUUUGGCAGAAGCAGAGAUGAUUCAGUUGUUGUUUUUGGUUCUUUUUGCUGAGGGUGCUUUGGCUUUUCUUUUAUUGGUAAAGAUUGGGCCGCUGAGAGAGCUUGUGAUAAAGAGUUUGGAUCAGCUGAAGAUGGGGAAGGGUCCUGCAACUGUGAAAACUAUUGCCGGUACUAUGUCUGUGAUUCUUCUGUCAAGCCUCACCAGCAUUGUGAAGAUCCAGAACAAAGGUGCGAAGCUGGGUACCAUGUCACCUAUGGAUCAGGUUCUUUGGAGAACUCAUUUGCUGGAGGCUUCACUCAUUGGUUUUACCCUAUUUCUUGGAUUCAUAAUUGAUCGCCUCCACCAUUACCUUACAAAGCUUAUUCAGGUUAAGGGUAGUGUGGGAUCUUCAAAAGAGGAAGUUGAACGUCUACAAAAAGAAAAAAUGCAGCUUACAGAGAAGGGAGAGAAAGCUUUGAAGGAAAUGAAGCGGCUGCAAGAUGAACUUUUAACUGUAUCAGAGAAACUGAAGAAGCUAAAGUUGGAAUGUGAAGAGAAGGACAAGAAGAUUGAAACUGCUGAAGCUCAUGUAAUCUCCCUCCAGAAACAAUCUGCAGAUCUACUGCUUGAAUAUGACCGUUUGUUAGAAGACAACCAAAAUCUUCAGAAUCAAGCUAAAGGAUACAAGAGUUGAGAAAAUUUUGAAUGACACCAACAAUUCAAGUUUUGAAAAUUACCUUUUCUCAAUGGUGAUGUUGAAUAAACAUCUCCAAAUCUCGCAGAUAUGGCCACUGGUUGGUGAUUCAUAAAGGAGCUUAGGGGCCUGGGGAGUGUUUUUCGAGUAUCCAGUGUUGUUGAAAAUUUGUAAUUCUCCUAAUCUAGAAUUCUAGUAUGCUCAUCUUUUGUUAACCUGUUAUUACAGGAUUUCUUUUUUCACAA